CAGGCCCUAAAAUUACGCACGACUUUUCGCUGUGUUGAUGUACUGGGCGGGCGCUGAAAUGACAUGAGGACAAAAGUUGUCCCGUUGGAAUUGUAGUCCAUAUCAUACCUCAAGUGGUCCAGGAAGCUAGCUAGUUUGUCUUUAUCUGUGAUUCGCAAGGACAACCAGUUGGAGGGAGUUUCGCUCCUCUCUUCCAUUGUUAGACACAAAUUGAAGCUGCCAAGAGGCAAGUCAGACAGAAAUAGUCCGAAAAUGCCUCCCAUCGACAAUGACACCGGGAGGAAUGAACUAAAAUCUCGGAUACAGGAGCUUAUUGAUUCUAAUCAAGUGUUGGUAUUCAGUAAAAGCAACUGUCCAUUUUGUGUGAAGGUAAAGGAUCUGUUCAAGGAGCUGAACGUGAACUGCAAUGUGGUGGAGUUGGAUUUAAUUGAGGAUGGAUCAAACUAUCAAGAACUGCUGCUUGAGAUGACCGGGCAGAAAACUGUCCCCAAUGUCUUCAUCAACAAGACACACGUCGGUGGCUGUGACAAAACAAUGAAGGCCCACAAAGAUGGUGUCCUGCAGCAGCUGCUGUGCGGGGAGAAUGAGGUAUACGACUAUGACCUCAUCGUCAUCGGGGGCGGCUCAGGAGGGCUAGCAUGCUCAAAGGAGGCAGCGUUGCUGGGCAAGAAGGUGAUGGUGUUGGACUAUGUGGUGCCCACGCCGAAAGGGAACACAUGGGGCCUGGGCGGCACAUGCGUGAACGUGGGCUGCAUCCCCAAGAAGCUGAUGCACCAGACAGCCCUGCUAGGGACUUCCAUACAGGACGCCCGCAAGUUUGGCUGGGAGUUGCCGGAGGAGACAGUGAAGCACAACUGGGAGACAAUGAAGACUGCGGUGAACAACCACAUUGGCUCGUUGAACUGGGGCUACCGGAAGGCGCUGCGCGACAAGAACGUCAACUACAUCAACUCCUACGCUGAGUUCAUUGAGUCGCACAAAAUCAAGGCGACCAACAAGCGAGGGAAGGAGACCUUCCAUACGGCCGCAAAGUUUAUCCUGGCGACAGGCGAGAGGCCGCGUUACCUGAGCAUCCCCGGAGACAAAGAGUACUGCAUCACCAGCGACGACCUGUUCUCUCUGCCCCACUGCCCUGGCAAGACCCUGGUGAUCGGGGCGUCCUACGUGGCGUUGGAGUGCGGGGGUUUUCUGGCGGGCCUGGGCCUGGAUGUGACCGUCAUGGUACGCUCCAUCCUCCUGAGGGGCUUCGACCAGGAAAUGGCCAAUCGUGCCGGCAAGCACAUGGAGGAGCAUGGCGUUAAGUUCCUCCGGAAGUACGUCCCCGUCAAGGUGGAGGAGCUGGAGGCAGGUACUCCUGGGAGGCUGAAGGUGACAGCCAAGAGCACGGAGGGAGACGAGACCAUCGAGGGAGAGUACAACACUGUGUUGAUAGCCGUGGGGCGCGACGCCUGUACAGGAAAGAUCGGCCUGGAUCAAGCUGGGGUCAAAGUCAACCCCAAGAAUGGUAAGAUCCCGGUGAACGACGAGGAGCAGACCAACGUGCCGCACAUCUACGCCAUCGGAGACAUCCUGGAGGGCAAGUGGGAGCUGACGCCCGUGGCUAUCCAGGCUGGCAAGCUGCUGGCACGCCGUCUGUACGCGGGCGCCUCGCUCAAGUGUGACUACGUGAAUGUUCCCACCACGGUGUUCACCCCUUUGGAGUAUGGCGCCUGUGGGCUGUCUGAGGAGAAAGCUAUGGAGCUGUACGGCCAAGACAACCUGGAGGUGUACCACAGUCUCUUCUGGCCUCUGGAGUUCACCGUCCCCAACAGGGACAACAACAAGUGCUACUCAAAGAUCAUCUGUAAUAAAUUGGACAAUGACCGUGUGAUCGGGUUCCAUUACUUGGGGCCCAAUGCGGGAGAGGUAACGCAAGGCUACGGCGUGGCCAUGAAAUGUGGCCUGACCAAAGAGCAGCUGGACAACACCGUUGGCAUACACCCCACCUGCGCUGAGAUCUUUACCACCAUGGAGGUGACCAAGAGCUCAGGCGGUGACAUCACCCAGACGGGCUGCUGAGGUUAAACCCUGCUUGUUUAACGGGCUGUCCUGUUCUCCAUCUUAGAUCUCUCACCUCGUAGCUCUGCGCCAACCUGCCCCCCUCAAAUUCUAUACCCAAGACCAAUCUCUUCUCAGGAAAAACCAAUAAGGUGGGGUGGGGGGGAGUCUGAACGGAUGAAACCACACAUUUGGGAAUAAGGGUGGGGAAACAGUGGGUCAGUAUACUACUGUCUGAAAGAUUGAGCCAAUAAAUGCUCUGAGGGGGCCUGUAGUGUGGACAUAAAAGACAUAAUAUGAGGUGAUUAACUAUCUAAGGGACAGCCUGCUAGAUAGCGGGGUUACUCUGCUGCUUUCACAAUGCACCCUGUGUGUGUCUUCCUCAGAGGUGCACCACCCCUCUCUAGGGAUGGGUGAGUGCUGUUUGACGUGCUGGCCCUUAACCCAAUCACUGUGGUGGGCUAGAACUGAUGUCCCUCUGUCCAAAGACACCAGGGGUGAACCGAACCCUUCGUCCAAACUUAAACACCCGCACACACAUAUAUAUAUAUAUAUAUAUACACACACACACACACACACACACACACACACACACACACACACACACACACACACACACACACUUGCGUAUAAUGACUCCUGUAGUAUGUUAACAGGUGAAUGGAUACAAUAAUUCUCUGAUCCAGUGUGGUGGAAAUGCCUGAUCAUUUUUACUCGGUGGAAGUUGACUACUAUGUCCUAAGAUGUGUUUAUUUUCUUCUCUGGCAAGCCAUCAACAUUCCAGGCAUUAUUUCUCAUCAGAAGUGUAUAUUGUCCGAUAUCUCAGAAAUGGAAAAUUGAAAUCAAGUUUAAUGUGGGGCAAUGGAUUUUUUUAAAUAUCAGUAUUUCUCAUGGUGUCGAACUUGCCGUUUCUCCACAUCGGGAUCGUCGACUUUAGAUUUAAAGGCAACUCCCAGUUCCAACUUCUACCAAACUGUUAACCAAAAAGGUGCAUGUAGGAGAAGUCAAAAGAAAGAACCUCUGAACCAUUAUUCAAAUCAUUCAAAUCUCUGUCCUGACUGAAUACAUAAAACAUGAAUUGUAGUGAUUUAUUGUAUAUAUUUGACACACACACUUUAAAAGUUCAGUGGAUAAUGAAAUAAAUGCUUCUUGUAUCAGUUUGAUCUUGCUGUUUUGUCUGCCUCUGCGUUGUAUGUAAUAUGUAUCCAAUCUGGUAGAGGACAGUAUUUAAGAGUUAUUUUCUGCCUACUGUUGAGCAGUGACACUGGUCAAAAUGAAUAAAUGACUGCUUCACUGGUAUCACUGUUUUCCUAGAUCACUUUUAUUAAAGUCUAGAAAGACAAUGUCAACAUGCAAA